AUGCAAGCAGUCUUUGACACGGGAAGCUUGUUACAGACCAUCUUGCAAUCUGACCUCGAUGCCCUCGGGUUCGAUAUGUCGAACUACCCGAGCCCUGGUGAGUUGGUGAAUAUUACCACUGCCAACGGAGUGGGACAGGCGCAAUCCAUCCGCAUCGAGAUGCAAUUUCUAGAUCACCAGAAUCUCAAGCUACAUGAGGGUUGA